UUGAAUAAAGCCGAAUUAUUCCGAAAUUGUUUACAACAUGGAGGACAGACAACCAAAAUUCACAUUUCACAUUUCGGAGGGAAAGAAAUUCCCAACAUUAGAAGAUAAAGACAACAAAGAACUGUUUAAAAAAUGGUCUAUGGAGGGCAACAUCUCAGCUCAGAUGUAUACAUUUGACCAACCAUUUCAACAGUAUCAGAAAGAUGAAUUUGUCCUGGACUUGAUGAGGGAUCCUAAUGUGGUAUCAACAUUAAACGUCUCAAGCGGGAAAGGAAGUAUGGCCCCAGUAGGUAUCAAAGCCGAGUCAGUGGAUGUAGAGUCUGUACCAUGUUCUAUCUUAUCUAUGUCAUUCUUUGAUAAAUUAUAUGGUGCAGUUGUAAGGGACUCCGGGUAUCUAAUGAAAUGUUUUGAUGAAUUUUAUGAAGAUUUCACCAUCUCUGAUGAAUUAAGAAAAAUGUUACUGAGUGAAGAGUCAGACCACUAUGAGCUAUACAGUGAUUCAGAAAAGGAACAAUUUUUAUUCCGAUUGUUCAAACACAUAAGCCUUGGAGGACAGAUCUGUCAAUAUGAGGACACCAUAGAACCAUAUCUCAACAUCACCAAACACCUCUAUAAGGAUCUCAUUAGUGUUCAGAAAAAUCCAGAAACCAAAGAGUUAAAUAUUACAUCCAGUGUGUUCAAAAUUUCUGCUAUGGAAAAGGAUGAAGAGAGAUAUUACCCUGACAGACGGUCACAUGAUCAGACAUUCUCGUAUUUGAUAGUAGAUCCCCUUAAACGCCAUGUUACUGUUUUAUACCAUGUUUUUGGUGGAGGAAUAUUUAAUUGAUAAUCAGUUUUCAUCUUGAUUUUUUCUAUGUGUAGUUUCCUGGAAUUUAAGAGCAAAGAGAAACUAAGGAAAAGUAUGUUUAACAUUACUGAUUCUUGGAUGAAAUACAUUCUGGAUGGUAAUUCAGUGAUAAUAUGCUUGAGGCUUACCUUACCCUGCUAAAUUUCUAUAAUGAACUUGUCCAUCUUUCAAUUUGGACAGUACCAUUAACUGUUAAAAGGAGUGCUUACCAAAAAGAUACUGACUGAAUGGCGAACAGUGCAGAUCAUGAUCAGACUGCAUGGAUGUGCAGGCUGAUCAUGAUCUACACUGGUCGCAAAGGCAGAAUCAGUCAUGUCCAGCAUGAUAAGGGUUAAGCAGUGUUAAGUGAUGCAAAGUAUAGAAAGUUGUUGUGAUGUUUGUAAUUAUGUUGCUAUGUAACAUAAAUGUUCAAAGCAGUAGGUUUAAUUCUCAGCUUAAAAUGUAUUUGAAAUCUAAAAUUAUAUGUGGUAGUUUUUCAGAGCAUAAAACCACAGUCUAUGUCUACAGUCUGAAAAAGAAACAGCUUCUGUUUUGUCCUAUUUACUAGAAUGAUAGUAUCAACUUUAUACUUCUUACAAUGGAGAAAAGUAUGGCAAAUUUUGUGAAUGAAGAAAGAUUGAAGAGAGUAGAAAAAAUUAAAACAUUGACUGCUGUGUCACGACUUUGGUGAUCAGUAUAGUGUUGCAUUUUUCCUGUUGUAGAAACAAAUCAUCAUAUUUAUUGUUUUGUAAACAGUAAUGUUUUAAUAAUCAUAGGAAGAAGUCCUAUGAGAAUUAAAGCAGUUUUGAAUACAUAUGAUUGAGAGAAUUGUGUAUUAAGUGCUGGCUUUUCUAAGGGAAUGAACGUCAUCUAUGAAAGAUUAAGAAUUUACAUUAAUAUUGUGAAAGUAUGUAAAAUGUAGUCAUUAUGUAAUGAAUAUGAAAUGCCAAAAAUAAAAAAAAAUCAGAAUUAUACUUAACAGGUACUCAAA